AUGUCCUUCCAGGGCAAGAAGAGCAUCCCCCGGAUCACGAGCGACCGCCUUUUGAUCAAAGGUGGGAAGAUCGUCAAUGAUGACCAGUCCUUCUAUGCUGAUCUGUAUGUGGAAGAUGGUUUGAUAAAACAAAUUGGAGAAAACCUCAUUGUCCCUGGGGGCAUCAAAACCAUCGAUGCGCAUGGCCUGCUGGUCCUGCCAGGCGGCGUUGACGUCCACACGAGGCUGCAGAUGCCUGUCCUAGGCAUGACCCCUGCAGACGACUUCUGCCAGGGGACCAAGGCCGCCCUAGCGGGAGGGACCACCAUGAUCCUGGACCAUGUGUUCCCCGACAUGGGCGUGAGCCUCCUGGUGGCCUAUGAGCAGUGGCGGGAGCGUGCAGACAGUGGAGCCUGCUGUGACUACUCCCUGCACGUGGACAUCCCCCGUUGGCACGAGAGCAUCCGGGAGGAGCUGGAGGCCCUGGUCAAGGACAAAGGUGUGAACUCCUUCCUGGUCUUCACAGCGUACAAGGACAGGUGCCAAUGCACAGACGGCCAGAUGUAUGAGAUCUUCAGCAUCAUCCGGGACCUGGGUGCCCUGGCGCAAGUGCACGCAGAGAACGGGGACAUCGUGGAGGAGGAGCAGAAGCGGUUGCUGGAGCUCGGCAUUACCGGCCCUGAGGGCCACGUGCUCAGCCGCCCCGAGGAGGUGGAGGCCGAGGCUGUGUACCGCGCUGUCACUGUUGCCAAGCAGGCCAACUGCCCCCUGUACGUCACCAAAGUGAUGAGCAAGGGUGCGGCCGACGUGGUCGCCCAAGCCAAGCGCAGGGGGGUGGUCGUGUUCGGGGAACCCAUCACUGCCAGUCUGGGGACCGACGGCUCACACUAUUGGAGCAAGAACUGGGCAAAGGCCGCGGCCUUCGUCACAUCGCCCCCCGUCAACCCGGACCCCAGCACUGCAGACCACCUCACCUCCCUGUUGUCCAGUGGGGACCUCCAGGUGACCGGCAGCGCCCACUGCACCUUCACCACUGCCCAGAAGGCCGUCGGCAAAGACAACUUCACACUCAUCCCCGAGGGCACGAACGGCAUCGAGGAGCGCAUGUCUGUGGUCUGGGAGAAAUGUGUGGCCUCAGGGAAGAUGGAUGAGAACGAGUAUGUGGCUGUGACCAGUACAAACGCAGCCAAAAUCUUCAACGUGUAUCCAAGGAAGGGGCGAGUGGCUGUGGGCUCCGAUGCUGACCUGGUUAUUUGGAACCCCAGGGCCACAAAAAUCGUUUCUGCCAAGAGCCACAACCUGAACGUGGAGUACAACAUUUUUGAAGGCCUCGAGUGCCGAGGAGCCCCCACGGUGGUCAUAAGUCAGGGCAGGGUUGUGCUGGAGGACGGGAACCUGUUCGUCACCCCCGGGGCUGGCCGCUUCAUCCCCCGGAAGACGUUCCCCGACUUCGUCUAUAAGCGGAUAAAGGCGCGCAACCGGCUGGCGGAGAUCCACGGCGUGCCCCGAGGCCUCUACGAUGGGCCCGUCCAUGAGGUGAUGGUGCCUGCCAAGCCGGGGGGCAGUGCCCAGGCCCGUGCGUCCUGCCCAGGGAAGAUCUCGGUCCCACCCGUGCGCAACCUGCAUCGGUCGGGGUUCAGCCUGUCUGGGUCUCAGGCUGACGACCACAUUGCCCGACGCACGGCUCAGAAGAUCAUGGCCCCCCCCGGAGGACGUUCCAACAUCACCUCACUGUCCUAG